AUGGCUAGAUUAAGUAAAAAAACAGCUGGUGUUAGUGUGACAGAUCCGAUGGAAAUACUUGUUCUGAAUAUGAGGAGUAUAACGGCAAAAUCCGACAAAGAUCCGAAAAGUGCUAUGACGAAGUUUGAUCUUCUAUCUGCAAUGUGUAAUGAGUCAAAACCUUCUUUCAUCGCUGUAACAGAAACGUGGCUUGACUCAACUAUUCCAAAUGAUGAUAUUGCUAUAACUGGUUAUAAAUUAGAACGAUUAGACAGAGAUAGAGAGGGCGGCGGAAGUUUACUCUAUUACCAAGAACACUUGAUAGUAAGGCGUCUCUCGAUUAUGGAAGAUAAAGCUUAUGAAAUUAUGUUUUUUGAGACAAUCCUACCAAAAGUAGGAAGAGUCUUACUGUCUGUCAAUUAUCGCACGCCUAGUAUGAAUAAUGAACAGAUUGAUUCGUAUAUUCACUUUCUAAGUGAAACAAUUUAUAACAUUUUGCAAUCAAACAGUUUUGAUGCUAUUCUUUUAGUAGGCGAUUUUAAUGCACACUGUGAGGAAUGGUGCAAUACACAUCCUUCCACAGUAGCCGGGAAAAAAUUUUUUGAUUUUUGCGAAGCGUUAAGCCUUAAGCAAUUAGUACGUGAGCCAACAAGAGUAAGUCAUAAUGGUCAAUGUAAGACAGCACUUGAUCUCGUUUUUACCAGUUCUAAAAAUAUAAUCAAGAGUGUAAAGGUAGACGAUCGUUUAUGCGUCAGUUGUGAUCAUAAAAUUGUAAGAAUCAAGUUAGCACUAAACAUAAAUCGUUCACCACCGAUCACACGAAAAAUUUAUAACUAUUCAGCCACGGACUGGGACUUUUUUCGCUAUAAACUCGUUCAGUUACUAAACAUAACUGCUGUUCUAUUUUUUAAUUCAACCAGUAUCAACGAGAAAGUUAACAUUUUGGAGUCGUGCAUAUUACAAGCAACUGAAACAUGUAUUCCUUCAAAAAUAGUCCGCUUAUUUCAGAAUGAUCAGCCAUGGUUUACACAAAAUUUGCGCUUUUUGUACAGAAAGAAAAAACGCUUAUUCAAAAAAUAUAAAGACAAUUUUUCUCUCUCUACUCAAGAAAAAUAUAAAAGAGCGUGUAGUACAUUUGAAACGCAAUGUGUAAAAGAAAAAGGAAAAUAUUUAGAACGUAUACGUACCACAAAUGCAUCGAAUAAAUCAUGGUGGAAGCUAGUAAAAACA